AGCAGGAGGGGCUGCCUGGGGCUGCCUGGGGCUGCCAGCAGCCUCUGCUUUGUUGAUUUGCUCUCCAGCACACGUUCCCUUCUGGAGCAGCACUUGGCUGGGCUCAGCAUUGCCGGUGGGAGCCUCUGGCUCAUCUGCUCUGUCUCCAUCUUCCUGUGGCUUUAAUUAGCUGAUGUUUCCACUUCCCCCUUCUGUGGAGCAGGGAACAUGUGUGGCAACACAGCCUCCUGCUAAAAGUACAAAUUAAAGAAAAAAAAAAAUCAUUGGAGCGUUGAAAUGUGAAUGAAUCCGGCAGCUGUGUCAGCCCUGGAAAUUUCCUGCAGGGUGUUUGUAGAUUUGCAGUGAGCAGCACCUUGUCAAGCAGGUACAGGUCCAUGCUGUGGGGGGGGAAUGGCCAAGCCUUGUUUAGCAGCAGGAAAAGCUCUGAUGUUAACAUCAGAGCCCAAAGUCAGAGUGAGAAGGAGCUCUGCUGUUCUCUGCCUGCACCACCUGGGCUGGGGGUCGGUGUCACCCUGCCCAGGGUUGGGGACAUCCGGCCCCUGUGUGGAGGAGGCAGCAGAGGUGGCACCCACGGCUCAGAGCAGGAGAUGCUGCUGGAGAAAUGCCCCAGCAGAGCUUCUGAGGAGGAGUCAGUGUGAAAAUGAGUCUGAUGGGCACCUUGGGGGGGCUUCAGCUUCCACCAGAGCUCCAGGAACUGCCUGGGGAAGGAGUCCCCACACCGGGAAGGAGCUUGCAGAGGCUUUGGUGCCCACAGGGAACGGUGCCAAGUGGGGCAAAAGCAGCUGCAGGUCGGGACAGGCAGACUUGGCGCUGCACAGACCCGGGCACCCCGUCCUGCAGCACGUAAAUCAAUCUGUGCUGCGGCUCCUCUUCCAAAACCCUUCCCGCCCGUCUUUACAACCUCCUUCCUUUGCAGGCAGCAAACUUUUGGCCUCUGGGAAGCUGCGGUGAAAUGCGAGCACCGACCUGUCGCAGGCCAGGCUGUUUUCAGAGCCGAGCAGGAGGCAGCUGCCAGCCCAGCUGCGACAUCCCUGCACGGAGCACCUGGGAGCGCAGAGCUGCCGAGGGUGACGCUGCCGGCCGCGAACGCCCCGCCAGGGACGUAAUUACCGUGUGCAGGGCUGGGGUCAGGGCUCAGCUCCGCUGUCAGCCAGCAGCUAUGCAGCAGAACAGGAUGUCGGAUUAAGGAGUCCCCGUGCCCAGGACAGCGGGGGACAGCAGGGAAGUGAAGGAGCUGGGUGGGACCGGGCACUGCCAGCUCACACCCAGCGCUGGCAGCGCGGCAGCCACGACCCUGAGCUCGGCUUUGAGGGGCUCAGCCACGCCUGGAGCAGCAGGGAAGGUGCCCGGCGGGGCUGCAGGAUGAACUGCACGGGCCCUGGCUGCAGGUGAGGGGCCAGGGAUCACCUGUCAGGACGGACCUGAGCACCCGCCUGGGCAGCACAGCCUUAUCUGCAGCGGGGAGCGCAGUUAAUGUGUAACCUGGCUGUGUUUGGUUAGCCCAGAAAAGCAAAGAAGUCCUGGGAUAGGCACGGCCGGGACAGAAAUUGAGCAGCACGGAACGACGGACAGCCUGCCGGGACCUUCCCCCCGUGGCAGCCGCCAGGGCAGCCCCUGCUAUGCCCAGGAAGGAGCUGGGGAUGGCUGGCUGCAACUCUGGCAGCUGUGACAGCAUGGUCAGCACGGCCUCCAACCACUCCCAGCGGAGUGACAACAGCUAUGACUAUUUAUCUGUGGAAGAGAAGGAGUGUUUGAUGUUCCUGGAGGAAACCAUUGGUUCCCUGGAUGCAGAGGGGGACAGUGGGGUCUCCACAGAUGACACCGACUAUGGGGAACCCCCCAAGCCCAGGAAAGGCCUCGUGCCCCGGGAUGUGGGGAGCAGGGACCAGCGGCGUGGGGCUGAGCAGAGCCGCGCCCAAAGCGUCUCUGCCUCCUCCAGCCCGGCCCCAAGCCUGCCCAGGAGCACCCCUGGCAAUGCCCACGCAGUGCCAGCAGGAACGGCUGCCCAGGAGGAGCCCAGGGAGGGCAGGCUGCACCACGGCAGCGCAGGAAACCACCGCAAGCCGCUGACCGCCCAAACCCCAGACCCCUUCCAGGAGGAGCUGCAGUGGUCACGCAGCUCGGGCGCCGCGGGGGAGGCGGCCAAGGAGACCAAGACUCGGACUUUGUGGGGCCACGCCGAGAAAUCCGGCCCGGAGGAGGCCCCUCAGGAGGCCGAGGCCAAGCGCGGGCCUCCAACCGCCCCCAAGCCGCGGCAGCUGCCCCCCAACAUCAUCCUGAGAGCCGGCAGGAGCAGCGCCGCGCCCCAGCACGGCCACGGGGGCAGAGCGGCCCCUGCGCCCUCAGGCAGCCCCCAGCCCGGCCCUGGCAGCGACUGCGCCGCUGAGAAGGGCAACUCCGCUCACCUGGACCCCAAGGAGAAGGAGAGAGCCCGAAGGGAGGCCCUGGAGAAGCUGGGCCUGUCCCAGGACAGGAGGGAGCCCGGCGCCCACCGCCAUCCCCAGCCGCUCCCCGCGCAGCCUGGCCAGGGCUCGGCGCCGGGGGUGCGGCCCUUGGCCUUCAAAUCCAACACGCUGGAGCGCUCCGGGGUGGGGCUGGGCAGCUCCAUGGGCGGCAGCAAGGAGCAGAGCUGCAGGGGCAGCAGCAGCAGCAGCUCCCUGGGCAAGAUGUCCUUCAUCGAGCGGCUGGCCCCCGGCUUCCUGCGCGGCCGCCCCCGGCCCGCGUCCCUGGCCGCGGGGAAGGACUUCGCCGGCCUCAGGGAGCAGGAGGAGCAGGACAGGAGCAGCAAGAGGAGAUCCCACCCUCUGCCCGCCUUCCCCAGGCCUGCUCGCUCCGCUGUGAGCGUGAAGAUCUCCCCGAAGGGCGCGGCCGACGAGAACCGGCGCGAGGCGCUCAAGAAGCUGGGGCCGGCGCGAGGCGCUCAAGAAGCGGGGGCUGCGGAAGGAGUAGCGGCUGGCAAAGGGGGGUUUUCUCCCCAAAUCCGGCAGCCUGCGCUGCCCGGCCUCGGGCACCAGCAUCCCCUGCCAUCCGCUCCCUGUUGGGAGCUUCGCACCACGUAA